AUGGCAUCGUUGGCCUUGGUUCUUCGCGUCGCAAUCGCUCUUAGCACUCAAGGAUUCUUCCAGCCAGAUGAGUACUUCCAGGCGUUAGAACCCGCACACCACUACGUCUUUGGAUAUGGACACCUCACGUGGGAGUGGGUUAGCCCAGUACCACUUCGGAGCAUCAUCUACCCUGCGUUGAAUAUGCCUCCCUUUUGGAUUAUCAAGACACUGGGACUUGAUACAAGAUACCCUGAGCUUCUCAUAGCAGGCCCACGCAUCGUCCAUGGUCUGUUGGCUGCCAUCACAGAUAUAUGGAUCCGUGAAAUUACAAGACAAGUUCUCAACGAUGCGUUUGUGCCAACUGCUUACUUUGUCUCUUUGACAUCUCUAUUCCAUUCGUUGUCACUUUCACGUUCCAUGUCGAAUUCCCUCGAAACAUCAUUGACGACAGCCGCACUAAGCUACUAUCCUUGGAACAAUGCGCAAUCCAAGCAGGUACAGUCGAACAGGGCUACUAGUAGAACGCGCAUGUGCAUUGUGUUUGCUGCGCUGGCGUGCGCGAUCAGACCAACCAAUGCUAUCAUCUGGGUCUACAUGUUUGGCCUUCUCUUCCUGCGUCUCGGGCUCCGCCUGAGUCGGGGGUCCAACCUCAUUCGCGAUUGUUGUGUCAUUGGAGCUGGGACUAUCCUGGCAGUCUUUGCGCUCGAUUCAGCCUUUUAUGGCAGACCCGCGCUGAGUUUAUUGAAUUUUCUGCGAGUCAAUGCGUCGCCUGUAUCUUUGUUCUACGGCUCCAGCCCUUGGCAUUAUUACCUGUCUCAGGCACUUCCAAUUCUUUGUUCAACAUCCUUGCCGUUCGUGCUGCAUGGUAUGCUCCUCGCAGUGAAGAAUGACGAGAAAAAACCAAAGACAAUGCUCGGUUGUAUCUUUUGGACAUUGACGGUAUUCUCAUUUGUUGGACAUAAAGAAUGGCGUUUUCUCCACCUACUCCUGCCGAUGUUACACAUAUUUGCAUCAAGGUCCCUAGUGGAACUGUAUCAUCGCAGCGCGAAGAUCGAGGUCAAAGUUCCCCGGGAAAAGAGAAAGAAUGCAAUAGCCAAAACCUUCUCGCUCCCAAUCCGCACUCAAGAUCUAUGCCUUCUUUUAUUGACCGUCCCAGCGUCGAUAUAUGUGGUGUUCUUCCAUUGCGUAGGACAAAUAAAAGUCAUGUCUUAUUUGCGGAGCUUGCCUCCCGAGAACCUGACGUCCGUGGGGUUCUUGACACCUUGUCAUUCGACCCCGUGGCAAGCCUACCUUCACCGGCCCGAGCUCGCAGCACCCGGGAGAAUGUGGGCUCUUGGGUGUGAGCCACCACUGGGACUUCAACAUCCUAGCGACUACAAGGACCAGACAGAUAUCUUUUUUGAAGCACCUUUGGAAUAUAUGCGAACACAUUUUCCAUCGCGUGUGGACACGUCGUACCCUCCUUCGGCCUUCGCUUCAUCAGUGCCAAACGUCACAUUCGUGGAAACACUUCAAGUUGUUGAACAAAGCUCACGAUCUUGGGAUUUAGGCUGGCGGCAUGAGUGGCCACAAUAUAUAGUACUGUUUGGCGCGCUUCUACGGGAGCCGGGCGUGUUGGACCUAUUCCAAAAUCAGGGUUACGAAGAGGUAUGGAAGGGUGGGUUUGAGUGGGAAGGAGAGGGUCAGAGAAGGGGCGCCGUUCGGAUUUGGAAACACAUCGGUUGA